AGUAUACUCAAGAUGGGCGAAGCGAAAUAUGGUUGAGAACUCAAUAUGGGUUCUACAAAUUAUUCAAGCCAUCAAAUGAUUAUAUGCCAUAUUUUAUGCCGAUAUUUAAAAGAGUUCGUGUUACAAAUCUAGCCAUCGAGAGCAUGGUCAAUGAUACUAACAUUACAUAUAAUCAAUUAUCAGAAAAAGAUGUACAGGAUAAUCUCGAAUAUAUUAUUGAGGAAAUACAGACUUGGGUAGAUGAGCAAGAAGCUUAUGGAUUUUUCGAUUGUCCGCUAUUAGCUAAAUUUAAUGAACUUCGUGAUAGAGGAGCUAAAAGUAAAAAAUAUAGAAAACAUCAUAGCACGGUCGAUACGGACACCGUCAAGACAAAGCGUAAUGUAUUGAAAAAUCCAAAUUUAGCCGUUUUACAACAUCAAAAUCAGACGUGCGUAACUCCAUUCAUAAAUGAAUUAACCGGUGGUCUGUUCUCUCGGAAAUUUAUUACCGUAAACCAUAUCCGGGAGGAAGAACAACAGCUUGAGUCAAUUCCAGAUGAAUCAGUGGAGAAAUCAUCGAUCAGAGAAACCCCAAUUGUCGUCAAACCUGUUACCCACCAUAUUGAAUGGCAAGAUAAAAAAAUUGGAAAGUAUAAAGACAUUAAAUAUUAUAAAUCAGCAAUCAUCGAUGGUGAAUUGGUCCAUGUUGGAGAUAUCGUAUAUUUGCGCAAUGAUGAUUCAGAUGAACCCUGGUUUGCCAAAGUUGAAUAUAUGUUUGACGACCCUAAAGAUGGUAAAAUGUUCCAUUCAAGAUUUUUCAGUCAUGGAAGGGAAACCGUGUUGGAAGAAAUGGCCGGACCACGAGAAAUUUUUUUGUUGAAUAACUGCACAGAUAAUCCUCUUGAGUCGAUUAUGGGAAAGGCAAAUGUUAAGAGACUUGGAUCUGAAGAAGGUGAACUUUUUACUUUCGAUGAUGAUAUGUAUUAUUUUUAUCGGUUCUGGUAUGAUGAAACAUUUGCAGCUUUUGAAGACGCGCGACUCCACGAAGAUCCAAAUGUACAGUUUUUAUACUGUAAUGAAUAUGAAAAAUGUCAUUCUUGUGAGAACCGAUUUGCUAAAAAAGCCGAGAAAUAUCCUAAAUGGAUAUCAUCGAAAGAGUCACCUAAAAGUGGGUUUAGAUAUAAAGGCAUAGAAUAUCAUAUUCAUGACUUUAUAUAUAUGGUGCCCGAAUCGAAAGAUAGCCCUUAUGAUAUUGGACAGAUCAUGGAUAUUUCAAGUAAAGGUGAACAGAUUAUGUUGGAUGAAUACUUUAAAGAAACUGGUGACGAUUCUAAUAAAAUCGCCUCAGUGGCCAUUUUGGUGCGCAUGCUUGGUCGCUAUGACGAUAUUAUUAAAGCUAGAACAAAGAGGCCAGUUAAUAUGUCCGCAACAUAUAGGGAUAUAAUAACGAUAUCCGAAGAAGUUAAAGAUUGUCGUCGUCUUUACUUUACGGAAGAAACGAAAUAUCUGAAAAACGUCGAUAUAUUAGAGGGCGUGUGCACUGUUAGUCAUAAGGAAAAUAUUAAUGAUCUUGAAGCAUAUAAAGAUGAGACCGAUACAUUUUAUGUAGACUACAAGAUACCAAAAUCUUUUUCACGACUGGCUGAUGUAAAUGAAGUGCAUAUGGAACCUAAUGAAAUAACAAUUUGUCAAACAUGCGCCGAUCUUCGUCAGGAUAAACAAAAAAAUUUAGAAGAGUUUUACGAAUUUAUUAAAGAUAAUCGAAAACUCAGAUCCAUGGAUAUCUUUUCGGGCUGUGGUGGUAUUACAGUUGGUAUGGAACAAACUGGUGUAGUGGAUACACGAUGGGCGAUAGAAUUUGCUUCGAGUGCCGCCUUAACUUUUCAAAAGAACAAUCCGGGUGCCAUCGCAUACAAUCAGUGUGCUAAUGUUUUACUGAAAAGGGCAAUCGAUGAACAUUGCAAUAAGAAACAGCUUGAGGUAUUGAAUGAUUUCUUAGGUAAUAAGGUCCCAAGCAUGCCUGCUCCAGGUGAUGUUGAUUUCAUUUAUUGCGGACCUCCUUGUCAAGGAUUUAGUGGUAUUAAUCGAUAUAAAAAAGCAAAUGAUAUAAAAAAUAGCUUAGUAGCUACUGCACUAAGUUACGUAGAUUUUUAUAGACCUGAAUACUUUCUAUUGGAAAAUGUACGUGGUAUGCUUUGCUUCCGUUUAGGAGGUGAGCAGGAUGGAGUUAAAAUCAAAGGUGGUAUUAAAAUGGGCGUUGUAAAAUUUAUUUUACGUGCAUUAACAGCGAUGGGAUAUCAAACACGAUUUAAUGUUCAACAAGCUGGAAAUCAUGGAGUUCCUCAAAGUCGUCGACGUCUAUUUAUAUGGGGCAUUAAGCGAAAUUCGUAUUUGCCAAAUUUUCCUCAGAAUACUACUUGUUUCAAUAAACAAGGAUCAGUUAAUAUAUCACUUCCAAAUGGAAAGACUUUUACUUACAAUGAAAGUAGUGGUGGUCACUCACCAUUACCACCAGUGACCGUUGGCGAAGCAAUUAAUGAUUUGCCAGCGUUCGAAUUUGUAAAUCCUCACGAAGUUUAUCCGGCGACAAAAGAAGAUAAAGAACUAAUACGCCCAUACAGGCAAAUUGUUGUCCCUGAGAGACGUUGGGUUGGAGAUAAUGUAACUGAAUAUAAAUUAAAUCCUUUAUCAGAGUAUCAAAGGCAAUGUCGUAAAAAAGCAACUAUUCUUCAUAAUCACAUUGCGCGUGCUUUCAACAAGAUAACUGUUGAACGCAUAAUUCGCAUUCCGAUGUUUCCUGGUGCCGACCAUUCAAAUCUCCCUGAAAAGCUGAAACCUUGGUGUUUAAGUGAUCCAAACUCGGCCGCUAGUAGACACGGCGGCUGGAAAGGACUCUUUGGUCGUCUUGAUUUUGACGGACAUUUUCUUACGGCUUUGACCGACAUAAAUCCAAUGGGGAAAACAGGGACCGUUAUACACCCUAACCAAAGAAGAAUUCUUACGGUUAGAGAAUGUGCUCGCGCACAAGGAUUUCCUGAUUCGUUCGUUUUUUAUUCUGAUCGUGAUGAUACUAAAGAUAUGCAUCGACAAAUCGGAAACGCCGUGCCGCCACCAUUGGCUUAUGCUUUGGGACGGCAAUUAGUUGAAGUACUUUUGAAAAAAUAUAAUGAAAGCAAUAAAUCAAAAGGAAAAGGAAAGGCAUUAUGA